AUGAAGAAACCACUCACAAAUGGAACGAAACCCCUCGUGAUCGACGACUAUGAGAAAAACUUGAACCUGAGUAUCCAAUGGUGUCGUUGGAUCUUAAAACCGAUGGGUAUCUGGCCGAAUUCGUGUAACAUUCCACGAACGCAAAUAUACUUCUACCGUCUGAUAAACGCAGUGUGUUAUAGUUUACUCAACUUUCUGUUACUGCCUUGCAGCUUGUACACGAUCCUCGAAGUCGAAGACGUUUACAACAAGAUCAAACUAUUUGGACCAUCAAGUUUCUGUGUGAUGGCGUUGUUGAAAUAUUAUUUAUUAAUUCUUCACGAGAAUAGUAUUCGUGAGUGUAUUAAAUGCAUCGAACAGGAUUGGAAGAACGCCAGAUGUCAGGAGGACAAAAAGAUCAUGGUGGAGAACGCGAAUUUUGGAAGGAAACUAAUUCUUCUUUGUACUUUCUUUAUGUACAGUGGUUUCGCGUUUUAUUACAUCGCUGUACCGAUUAGCGUGGGUAAAAUAACGGCAGAGACUGAAAACUUGACCUUCAUACCACUGGUGUUUCCCUUUUCAAGGUUGAUAGUUGAUACUCGCUAUAGUCCAACGAACGAGAUCAUUUUCUCAGUUCAAUUGGUAGCUGGUGCCUUGAUGCAUAGCAUCACGUCAGCUGCUUGCGGUUUGGCAGCUAUGCUCGCGGUUCACGUUUGCGGACAAAUGGAGGUUUUAAUGAACUGGCUGAAACAUUUAAUUGAUGGUAGAUCGGAUAUGGGCGAGACCGUGGAUGUCAGAAUCGCGAACAUCGUGAGUCAACACGUUAAGAUACUUCGAUUUUUAACCCUUAUAGAGCAAAUACUUCGACAUAUAUCUUUGGUGGAGUUUUUAGGAUGUACAUUGAAUUUGUGUCUGCUUAGUUAUUAUACCAUUAUGGAAUGGACUCGAAAUGAUAUGACAAGUUCCGUGACUUACAGUGUUCUCCUUGUGUCUCUUACUUUCAAUAUAUUCAUAUUUUGUUACAUAGGAGAACUUGUAAGUGAGCAGUGCAGAAAAAUUGGAGAGAUGUCAUAUAUGAUCGACUGGUAUCGACUGCCAGGAAAAAAAAAACUUUGCAUCAUCUUGAUCAUUGAAAUGUCCAAUUCUUCGAUCAAACUAACGGCAGGAAAUAUCAUAGAAAUGUGUUUUAGCACGUUCGGCGACGUUGUUAAAACUGCGGUAGCCUUUUUAAACGUGUUAUAUCAAAUGAACUGUCGAGCGUCAACGAUGAAGAAAGUAUCAACGCAAAAUGCGGAUGCCAUUAAAAUGGAACACGAUUACCAGAGAAACGUAAACCUGAGUACCCAGUUGAGUCGUUGGUUACUGAAACCGAUAGGUGCAUGGCCAAAAUCAAGCAAUACUUCACUAAUUGAAAAAUAUUUCACCUGGUUUAUGUACGCUGUCUGUUACCUUCUGAUCACUUACCUGAUUGUGCCUUGUUUGACUUUCCUGAUCCUCGAAGUAAAAGGCACCUAUAACAAGAUCAAAUUAAUCGGUCCUUUAAGCUUUUUCCUAAUGUCGUUCAUGAAGUAUAACUUGAUACUGUUUCACAAGAACGACAUCCUGAAGUGCGUGGAGAAGAUCGAAUGGGAUUGGAGGAAUAUGAAACAUCUGGAGGAGAGAAACAUCAUGGUGAUGAACAUGAAUUACGGGCGGAGACUGAUAAUCGUUUAUGCGUUAUUCGUGUAUGGUUCCUUCGUAUUUUACUACAUCAUCAUGCCGCUCAGUGGAGGAAAAAUCCCAGCGGGGGAUGCAAAUUUCACGUUCAUACCGUUGCCGUUUCCUUCUUCGUUGCGUAUCACCGAUUACCGAAAGAGUCCCGUUAACGAAAUCUUCUUCGUCGCUCAAUGUCUGUCUGGUGUACUGUUGGAUGCUGUCACUGUUGGGACUUGCAGUUUGGCUGCAACCUUUGCAACGCACGCUUGUGGACAGAUGGAAGUUCUGAUGAACUGGUUAGAACAUUUGUUAAAUGGACGAAGUGGCAUGAGUAAAUCUGUGGAUGGCAGAAUUGCAAGUAUCGUAGAACAACACGUUCGAGUAUUGAAUUUCUUGGCGCUGAUAGAGAAAAUGUUUCAAACAAUAUCUUGUAUAGAAUGUUUGGGGUGUAUGAUGAAUCUUUGCUUACUUGGGUAUUACCUUAUCAUGGAAUGGAAUGGACAAAAUUUAACUUCUUCUUUCACAUACAUAUCAUUGAUCGUAUACUUCGGCUUAAAUAUUUUCGUAUUUUGUUACACAGGCGAACUUGUGGCUGAGCAGUGUAGAAGAGUUGGCGAGGUGUCGUACAUGAUCGAUUGGUAUCAAUUGUCAGGAAAUAAAAAGCUUUGCUGCAUCCUGUUUAUCGCAAUGUCCAAUUCGUCCAUGAAGCUUACAGCUGGAAAUAUGGUUGAAUUGUCUAUUAGCACCUUCAGUGAUGUUGUCAGAACAGCAGCAGGAUUUUUCAACAUGUUGAGAGCAUUGACAUGAAUCUUUCAUGCAGUACAAUGUAGUUUAAG